CUUUAUCGGAUAUCGAUUACAUUGAUCAGUGUUGGUAAGGAUCACGAUAUCAAGUUCUGUCUCUUUCGCAACACAUCUCUGGACAGGUACGAACCUUGCGCGCAUUCUCAGAAACUUUAUUUAACUGCGUCAUACGAAAUUGCGUGUCGAAAUGGACGAGCCCUACUAUCCUACCAGCACCCAGCUACUUAAGAAACCUUUGACUUUUGCCGACCUUGUGAAGGAAGGAUGCCAAUUCGAGGUGGACUUGAGGGAUAGCCGACGGUCCACAGAUGACUUCCUGGGCCAUGGUAGCGACGACAGUGAUUUUGAAGAUGCCAUUGACGUGGAUACCGAAAAACUGAUCUCCCCUUGGACUCGGACCUUUGACGAAUUGCGCUGCUUGAUGGAUCCCAUAAAUGACUUCUUGUACAAAAGAGUCACACGCCAGGGGCACUUGGACCGUGAAGUUGUACCGGAAAGAGCCCGAGUAGGUGUGCGCUAUAGUGGCUACUGGGAGGGCGAGAACGCUCCGUUCGAUUCGUCCCUGCUGCGCGGCACGAAGUUUGAGUUCGUUACGGGCCAGUGCCAGGUGAUUGAGGGGCUCGAGGCCGCCGUGCUUACUAUGCGUCCUUAUGAGCAGGCAGAGUUCAUUAUUUCGUACAAGUUGCUUUUUCGGGAGCUGGGCUGUCCGCCACGCAUAAAGCCAAAGGCUGAUGGACUCUUUAGGGUCGAGGUAAUCGACUACUCGCUUAUUGGAGACGCCGAGGCGGCUGAUGGAAUCGCCAAGGAGGAUCGUGACAAGUUCUGUGUCGUGUAUCCCAAAGUCCAGGAAAUACAUUUGCACGGCAAGGAUUGCGUGAAGCGCGGGCGCUAUCAAUAUGCUGCAUCUUCAUUCGAAAAGGCUGUCAACUCCUUGAACUAUUGCCGAUUGGCCAACGAGAAGGAGGAGGAAAAGCAGACCCAAAUGCUGAUUACUCUAUACCAAAAUCUGAUGAUCUGCUACAACAAGAUCAACAAGCCGCAACGCGUGUGCAUCAUAAUGAAGGCAGUGCGCCGACUAACCGAGAACAAUCCUUCUUGCAAGGCCUUAUUCCAGGAGGGUCGGGCCCUGUUGACCUUAGGAGAGUAUGAACAGGCUCGCAUCUCCUUCUUGAAGGCACAGAAAAUUCAGCCCUCCAACCACGAGAUUAACAACGAGAUAGUCAAUUUAGAAAAUAGAAUUACAAAGUAUAAAGAUGCUACACGCGAUUUGUGGACGCGUGCCUUGUCUUGUAGAAAGGAACAGCCCAAGACUACUGACACCGAUCUGAUCCAGGAUGAUAAGGAUAAGGCGUUCGUAAAGGACAUUGAAGAAAUAAUCGAGCAGUUUAAGAACUCGGCUAGUGUGUCUACCGAUUUAACACGAUCAAUGUAUACUGACAAGCAGUUUAAAAUAUUUCGUCAUUUGCUGAAGGAUCAUGAUAUGAAACUGACUUUGUCACCAAUUCAGGAGGAUGUUUUGACGCUCUCAAAGCUAAGCAUCGAAUGAAAAGCCAUUUAUAUUAUUAUCAAGAAUCUCGAAUGAAAUCCAAAUAUUGCCUUAUAAGAUUUUGUCUUAAUUUCACUUAAUUUAGAAUUAGCAACAUACUUUAUACAUUACGAAAACGUUACUAAAAGUUUUAGUAUCUUCAGUUCCUUGAAAUGAUAUCUUAUACCAAAUAUGAAUUAUCCUUAUCGACUAUG